UCAACCUUGGAGUCAAGCAUAUUUCAUUGCUGAGGCGCGUUCUUUUGUUUGCUUGCUUUUAAAGAAACUUUUAGGUUUAACUUAGCGCGUUUGAGUCAACUAGUGCGUAAUUCGUUUAGUUGAUAUCAAUUACGAAUGGAAGUGUCAUUGUUUAGCAUCAAUUAAUUGCUCAUGAAAUGACUGCAAAAAUGUUGAAAAAAUUUGGUGAAAAAAUCGAGGACUAUGAAGUGGGUGAAAUUCUCGGCAAAGGUGGUUUUGGAUGUGUGUACAAAGCAAGAUGUUUAAUUUCGGGCAAUUCUGUUGCGAUAAAAAUGAUCGAUAAACAUGCAAUGCACGCUUCUGGAAUGGCCAACCGUGUUCGUCAAGAAGUAGCGAUACACUCAAAACUUAAACACACAUCCAUUUUGGAAAUGUAUACAUUUUUUGAAGAUUUUAAUUUCGUUUAUUUGGUACUUGAGUUGGCCGAAAAUGGAGAACUGCAGCAAUACCUUAAACAGCGUAUUCAGCCAUUUAGCGAAUUUGAAGCUGCAAUUAUCUUACGUAGAGUAGUGGACGGACUACUGUAUUUACAUUCGCAUAGAAUAUUACACCGGGAUAUCUCGUUAUCAAACUUAUUAAUAACAAAAGAAAUGAAUAUUAAAAUUGCUGAUUUUGGGCUUGCAACACAACUACAUCGGUCAGAUGAAAAGCAUCUCACCCUUUGUGGUACGCCGAACUACAUUUCACCAGAAGUAGCCUCACGUGCAUCGCACGGUUUACCAGCCGACGUAUGGGGUUUAGGAUGUAUGCUAUAUACUCUAUUAGUUGGCAAGCCACCUUUUGACACAAAUGGAGUGAAAUCGACAUUGGCGAAAGUGGUACUCUCUGACUAUGUUUUACCAGUUCAUCUAUCGUCUGACGUGAGUGAUCUGAUUGAACGGUUACUCAGGAAAAAUCCCGCAGAGCGAAUCAAAUUGGAAGAAGUCCUCAGUCAUCCCUUCCUUUCCCGGUAUGAUCUAGGCCAUAAAACGAAUAGCAUGAACGCUACAAAUAAUAAGUUUAACUCCGGUAUGGAUAGUGGCAUGGGCACUAUCGCUGGUAGCAGUAUAAGCAAAUCAGAUUUAUUUAAUGGUAUCAGAGGAAUGACACAAGCAAACGGCAGACGCAGCGACAUUCAAAAGCAAGAUCUAAAUGGUGAAAAAUUCACAUUAGCUCAUCCGUAUUGGAAGCAAAUGCAGCAGUACGAAAUAGAAAAUAUGAGUUCUUAUCGAUUUCAACCUAAUUCGCAAAUAUCACUGCUCGAAAAGUUUAAUAGUGUGGAACUGGUUCAUAAGUACAACAUUAUUGAGGACAAACUAAUCGAAAAAGACAAAACAAAAAACCUAUAUGAAUUGAAACCGUCUACAGAUUUUUUGGGAUUGAAAAAAGAAACAGAAGUAUGUAAUCCUCAACAAUAUAUAUCCCGAAGGUAUGUUACUCCGGUAUCAGAUCGAUCGAUUCAUGAGCAAAGAAACUACGGGCAUGUAACAUCGGAGAAUGAAAACAAUAAUAUGCAUAAAGCUUCGGGAUUUGUUCCAAACAACCAUUGUCAUACUAUGCGAUUUGACACACUGCGAUUGCUACCUACAAGACAUCGCACAAAACAUGUAAUUCUUACCAUAGUUGCCGAAGGUGGUGAUGUCGUCCUAGAGUUUCUUAAACCAAGAGGACGGCAACAUGAGGACCGUGUUGUGGACGUGUGUCGUAUAUCAGGAGAUGGUUUAAAAUUCAUAUUGUAUCACCCGAAUGGCAAUCGUGGUGUUCCAAUAAAGAAUGAACCGCCAGAUUUACCAUCCAGAAGUGCUGAGGUCAUGUAUAAUUAUGAAGAUAUUCCUGAGAAACAUUUUAAAAAGUAUAUGUAUGCAGCUAAAUUCGUUCAAAUGGUUAAAGCAAAAACCCCAAAAAUUACAUUAUAUAGUGACAAAGCUAAAUGUCAGCUCAUGGAGACUUUACAGGAUUAUGAAGUUGUUUUCUAUGAUGAUACAAAAAUUAUACUUAGUUCGACGAAUAAUGAGAUCAAAAUGAUUGAUGGAAGCGGCAAGGUUUAUCGAGGAUUGGAAUCCAUAUCAGCUAUCAACAUUACAUAUCUACAUCAUUUUCAAGAAACCCGAGAACAUUGCCUUAGGAUCGAAAAAAUGCUGUCCACGGUAUCAAAUUGCGGUAAAACGUUUCCGGUCAUAAUUGGAAGACGUCAAGGAAACUUCGGUGGCAGCAUUGCUUUAAGGAAAGACGUGUUUAAUUACCGUUUUUCUCCAUUAAGUGCACGGACAUGAUUUAAAAAAAGUUUAUUACUAUUGCAGGCACAAUUACAAUGCAAAGACUAUGUAUCAUACUAUGGUGCUGAUUAGAGAUUUAACCAAAAGAUUACAUGAGAGAGUUCAUUCAUAACUAAUUUCCUUUUGAUUUACACUGACAGUCCUACGAUGAAACAAAAAAAAAUGCACGGAUCCAUAAUAAAAUACUAUUUUCCCCGA